GGGGUGUUGGGACGAUGCCUCCUCAUCGAGGUUUUAACUUUUCUCAUGUUUCCCCCCCCCCCCCUCCACCAGAGCCCCUUGCCCUGCCACUCGCUGGAUGCCGGGCAGCACCUGCCGCCCCCGCAGCUGAUGAAGGCGUGAAGGAGCAGCUGAGCAGGAGAGGCCCCCACAGCUGCUAAGAUGGGCAUGAGGAUCAAGCUGCACAGCACCAACCACCCCAACAACCUGCUGAAGGAGCUCAACAAGUGCCGCCUCUCCGAGACCAUGUGCGACGUCACCAUCCUGGUGGGCUCGCGCUCCUUCGCCGCGCACAAAGCCGUGCUGGCCUGCGCCGCCGGCUACUUCCAGAACCUCUUCCUGAACACGGGGCUGGACGCGGCGCGCACCUACGUGGUGGACUUCAUCACGCCGGCCAACUUCGAGAAGAUCCUCAGCUUCGUGUACACCUCGGAGCUCUUCACCGACCUCAUCAACGUGGGCGUCAUCUACGAGGUGGCGGAGCGGCUGGGCAUGGAGGACCUGCUGCGCGCCUGCCACUCCACCUUCCCGGACCUGGAGAGCGCGGCCAUCCCCAAGCAGCCCCCCGUGACCGCCGGGGACGCCCGGCCCGGCGCUGCUAUCGGUGCCUCGGCGCAGAGCCCGGCGCUGGGGGAAGCCCGGGGGAGCGCGGAGCAUUUCGGUGCCGAGCGCGGUUACGUCCUGCACGGGGAGGGAGCGGGCGGCUACAAGGAGGAGGAGAGGAGCGACGGCGGCCAGGCCGUGCCCCUGCUGCAGCCCCCGCUGCCCCCCAAGGACGCGGACCCGGGGCCGUUUGCUCCCGGUGCCGUCGCGGCGGCGCAGCCCGGCUUGGGGGGUGCGAGCACGGCGCAGAGCGGCGCGGGCUCGUGCCAGCAGUACAAGGUGCAGAGCAACGGAGACUACGGCAAAGGCGGCUUCUUCACCGCCGAUUCGUCCCUGGACGUCUCCGCCGGGAGCAACUCGUGUCCCGGCAACAGCGAGCACUGCAAGGAGCCGGGCUUCGUGCCCAUGGACGAGCUGCAGCUGGAGGAGCUGGGCGAGGACGAGCUGCACUUCGAGGACGCCAGCGAAGAGCUGGGGCCGUCGGAAGAGGUGAUCGAGCUGAGCGACGACAGCGAGGAGGAGCUGGCCUUCGAGAGCGACGGGCGAGACAGCAGGGCCAUGCCCUGCCAGGUCUGCAAGAAAGUGCUGGAGCCCAACAUCCAGCUGAUCCGGCAGCACGCCCGCGACCACGUCGACCUGCUGACCGGGAACUGCAAGGUGUGCGAAACCCACUUCCAAGACCGCAACUCCAGGGUGACCCACGUCCUGUCCCACAUCGGCAUCUUCCUCUUCUCCUGCGACAUGUGCGAGACCAAGUUCUUCACGCAGUGGCAGCUCACCCUGCACCGCAGGGACGGCGUCUUCGACAACAACGUGGUGGUGCACCCCAGCGACCCGCUGCCCGGCAAGGCGGGCGCUUUCACCGCGGGCUCGGGCGCCGAGUUGGCGUGCGCCGCGUGCGGGAAACCUUUGGCCAAAGAUUUCCACGCCGUCCGCAACCACCUCCUGGACCACGUCAACCUGAAGAGCCAAACGUGCGGCGUGUGCGACCAGCGGCACCUGAGCCUGUGCGGCCUGCUGUGGCACGCGCUGGCCCACCUGGGCAUCGCCGUCUUCUCCUGCUCCGUGUGCGCCAGCAGCUUCGUGGACCGGCAGCUGCUGGAGAAGCACCUGGCCGUGCACCAGAGCGCCGAGGAGGCCCUGUUCCGCUGCCACUUCUGCGGGCAGAGCUUCAAGCUGGAGGCAGCGUACCGCUACCACGUCAGCCAGCACAAGUGCGGCGGCGGCGGCGGCGGAGGCGGCAACGUGGACGCGCGUCCCGGCUUCGGCGAGCGCCUGCAGCCUCAGAGCCUGCAGAAGAGGAAAGUGCCCGAGGAAUUCCUGAGCGAGGAGCUGGCGCUGCAGAGCCAGCCGGGCAACAGCAAGUACAGCUGCAAAGUGUGCGGGAAGCGCUUCGCUCACACCAGCGAGUUCAACUACCACCGGCGCAUCCACACCGGGGAGAAGCCGUACCAGUGCAAGGUGUGCCACAAGUUCUUCCGCGGCCGUUCCACCAUCAAGUGCCACCUGCGGACGCACUCGGGGGCCCUCAUGUACCGCUGCACCGUGUGCGGCCACUACAGCUCCACGCUCAACCUGAUGAGCAAGCACAUCGGGGUGCACAAGGGCAGCCUGCCCCCCGACUUCACCAUCGAGCAGACUUUCAUGUACAUUAUCCAUUCCAAAGAGGCGGAGAAGAACGCGGACAGCUGAUGGGGCGAGGGCAGGGCAGGGCCGGCGUUUGUUCUAUCGGGCGCUCAGGCGUCGUGGAUGGAUUCCUCCUUUAUUCUUUUGCGUUUCUUGGUUUGAGUUUUGAUUUUUUUGGGGGGGGGGGCCUUGCUGGGGCUUUUUAGACUGUACGAAGCAGCAGCACGUAAGCUACGUCACCGUUCCCGAGAAGUCUGUCGCGUUGACUUACCUCCGACCCCCUUAGAGGCCGCCGAGUUUUGCGUUCUUAGCGUUUUUUUCUCCCUAGGUUUGGAAUCUAGAUUUCGUUCUGAGACCUCACGGGCCGCCCCACGCUCGGAGCUGAGCCCCGAACCGAUGCUGCUACGACUUUCCUGACCUCAGCAGAGAGGGGCAGAGCCGGAGCGGGACGGGGCCGGGCUGGAAGGAGAAGGGCAGCGGUAAGGAAGGAAGGAGCGACGGUUCUGGGCACGGCGUGGAUUCCGGGCACGGCGUGGAUUCCGGGCACGGCGUGGAUUCCGGGCACGGCGUGGAUUCGGGCUGGCUUUGCCUCCGUGUUUACACCGGGAAGGGCGAGGACCGCCCCGUUCCCACGUUGUUAUCCCGCCGUGGGGCAGAGGUUGGAGGGGAACCAACGCUGAGUCGGGGCCGCCCUCCGGUCCCUCGUACUACCUCACAAACAGGAAGCGCCUUGCAGCCGCGCUCCUGCACAGAGAACGCCGAGAACGGGACGGAGCGAGCAGGUGCAACC